UUUCAGAAGUAGUAUUGACGCCGCAUGAAUAUCCGCCCCUUUGAUGAUGUCGCGACGAUGGUGGGAGGUUGAUUUAAGCUUGGCGCUAAACCCAAAAUAUAAAAUCUUGGAAGCGAGCGAAACUUUAAAGGAAAGACCAUUUGUGACUGAUAAAAACACCAUCGAUAAUUCAUAUAAUGGCCAAAGGUAAGGUAUGCGAACAAUUGUUCCAAAACUACCUUACCCCUCUUCAAAAUAUAGACAUGAAUCAAGGUGUGGCGAAGGGGGAAAGUCCAGAGGAGUGGGAGGGGGAUUUUGAUCCUCUUGCCGACCCAGAGGAACGGCGCGUCCUCUUCGCUGCACUCGAUUCUUUCAGGCAGUACCGAAGAAGCGCACAUUUGCACACCACGCACCGAAGACGUCAAUCAUUCUAUGCCCUACCGUCAGCCCAUUGGCAAAUGCUAGCUAAACCUCCGUUCUCUAUUUUGGACAAUUUCAAUCAAGUUGAUGAUGCAAUCGAUGCCAACGCUGAGAUCGCUUCUGCAAUUCUAUCUUUCGGUCUGAAAGCCUUUGGCCUACCCGCCAACCCGGACGCAAAUGAUGGCCACAGGAACUGGCAUGAUAACGCCACGGGCUCUGACAUCGGCAAGGCCCAUUCAACCGUCAGGCAGCUUUACCGGGACUGGAGCGCAGAAGGGGCCCCGGAACGGGAAGCUUGCUACAAGCCAGUCAUGACAGAUCUUGAAGAAUUGUUUGGUUCCCAACCGCAUAUUAAAGUCCUCGUUCCCGGUGCUGGGCUUGGCCGACUUGUUUUCGACCUUUGCGCUGCCGGUUAUUACGCAGAGGGGAACGAAAUUUCCUAUCACCAGCUCCUGGCAAGUAACUGGGCAUUGAACCAUACAGAGCGAACCAAUGAAUAUCCGCUCUACCCAUUUGCCUUGCAGUUCUCGAACCUGAAGUCUCGAAAACAGCAGCUGAAAAAGGUCAUGAUUCCCGAUGUCCAUCCGGCUUCGGUCAUCGAUGCUCAAAUGAAUGGGCCGGAUAAUGGGAGAGGCAUGGGGUCCAUGAGUAUGUCUGCGGCAGAUUUUGUAGUCCAGUAUAGCAGUCCCUCGCAGAAGGCUGUUUUUCACGCCGUUGCGACGGUUUUCUUCAUCGACACAGCCCCAAAUCUAAUACGGUAUAUCGAGACAAUCCGCAAUUGCCUGCAACCAGGUGGGUAUUGGAUAAAUGUUGGCCCACUCCUCUGGCACUGGGAGGAUAGGCCUUUUAAAAGUGACUCCUCUCAAGAAGACUCUCCGUCGAAACGAGCUACAGCCUCGGAUAAACGCCAUGAAGGCAUCGGGGAACCUGGACGUGUAGAAUUAACGGAGGAGGAUGUCAUUGCGCUUAUCCAGCAAUUCGGAUUCGAAUUUGUCAAGAUGGAAGCCGCGGAGACCUUGUGUGGCUACAUUCAGGACCCGGACAGCAUGUUGCAAAAUCUGUACAGGCCUGCGCACUGGGUUGUGAAGAGGGUUGCAGAGUCAUGAGGAAGAGGUGCGCGUUGGGCCGGCUGGCAUAUCAAAUGGAUAGAGACGGGCAUGGAUGACAGUAAAGGAACAGCGGAUGUGCGAACCCAUUUGAUCUUAGUAUAGGGCUGGGGGAUUUCUACUUAGCAAAGCGCACGCUUGCGAUGGAACCAGAGAGUAUGGCCAGCCAAUUCAGAUACGUAUUGGUUUGCACGUCGUAGUCUGUAUGUAUAUAUAUAUAUAUAUAUAUAUGUUAAUUGUCCACUACCACAUCUGUAUCCAUAUCACUUACAUUAUUAUGCCUUGUAACUGGUUUAUUCAGGCACAACAGGCAUUAACAUUAACCCCCAUUAAAACUCUGGUUAAGAGAGGAAAUUUAUGCCAGUAACAGAGUUACAUCUUAAAUUCUUAGGACUAAUCAUAACUUUUGAAAGGAUCCUCUGUACAUAAAUAGCUAGUUGCCUGCUUGCAGCUCUGUUUUUCAAGAUACCUUCUUACGUCACCGUUGUUCCCAAAAGUGUCCCCAAUGAUAUGUCCUC